AAAAUCGUUGCACAUUAACAAAUAUAUUAUAUGAAUACGAUACCAAAAUUAAUAAAAUCAAAAAUAUUAAAAUCAUAACAAAAUUGAAUAUCCAUUGGUGCAAGUAUCUAAAAAAACAUUUUAACAACUAACAUUUUCAAUUCAAAAGAUUAAAACAACAUUUCACACACUUACACAUUCGAAAGAUACCAAAAAUAAGAAAAAUAAAAUAAAAAAUCAUUAGCACGUGUCCACCACACUCACCGAGACAAACCCUAAAUAUAUAUAUCAAAAAGUCCCCUUCGAACAAUCGACAACCAGGCAACCAGCAUUCCUGUUUGAGACCGGAAGUCAUUACGACAACAUAUGAUAGAAAUAGACUGCACGACAAAUAUUUGACACUCUUGUUUGCAUGCUUAGUAGUAGCUCAGAACUAUCAGAUAACUAGAUACCUAAAUAUUGGGACUGUUACUAUAGUUAAGCUGACAAAUCACAGCAGAUGGAUAAAAAGGAUAUGUUAGGGCGCAAUAGAGUCGAAGAUGUUAAUUGGCUCUGCUGCCUGAGUGAACCUGAGCUUGAUCUCCUGAUUGAUUUAAAGAUGAUGGUCCUUCAACGUGCCAAAACAAUUGAUUGUAAAUCUUUGGUGGCGAAGUUUGACUUGAAGAUCCUCCGAGCGCUGGGAUUCAUUUUGAUGGAGCACUUUAAAGAGAACAUCAAAAAUAUUACAGACAUCCCCGACUUGGCAGACAUAUGUGCUUCUUUAGACAGAUGUAAUUUACUGAAACUGGACGACAAGGAUGGUUCUGGUUCGGCAAGUACAGAAGAACUAAAAAAAUUAACUGCGAAUAGAAAAAGGAGAGCUGUGGAAUUAUAUAACGAGGAGGUGCUUGAAGAUCCCAGAGGAUGCUAAUGGACUGUGAUUAGCAUAUGCUAUUUGCACAUGUGACUCUUUGUUCUAAGUGACAUCGUUUUAGUUAUGUUCCUUGCUUCUAGUUUUGGGUACCAUCUGUCUAUGACCUAUAUAGAUUUUCAUAUCCAAAUUUCAAGUUGAUAGAGUAAAAUGGACAUUCCUAGUUCUUCAAGAUGAUUUACUUGUAUUAUCAGCCCGAAAUGACCGGCAUUUAUAUGAAGUUAUGAACAAUCAACCAAUGAUCUAAGUGAUUUCGGUUUAGUACUAUGCAUUCUCCCCAGCCACUGAUAGAUUUGCAUCACACUGUAUAUAUGUACAUACCCCACCUUGCUAUACU